UCAUCACAAUUGGAGCUUAGCUUUGGGGAAAACACGCAGGGCUGCUCGGCCAUCGUGCAAAACAGCCAUGAUUCGCGGUGCAACAUGUCUUGCGUCGACGUCCGCGUCCAUUGUUCUUGCGUCAGACCUCGCCAGCACCUCAAGAUUAUCUCUGCGAAGCAUUUCAGCAGAAGCUUACCGGCUGCGACCGCGAAGGACACCAUGGGCAGUGGCGUCCGCACCGCCCUGCCGAUCCCUCUUGACUCACACGACAGUACUGCACCAGCAUGCUCAACUCUCCGAAAAGCAGUCGCAAGGACCUGACCAACUGCCUUAUCCCCCUCCCGCCUCCUCCUUGGCUAAGCGGCGAAAAGUCGCUGUUACGCCUACACUUGCGAAGCCUGGUCCAACACGCGAUGUCAUCAACGAAUCAGAGCAGCAGCAGCUCGCACAAUCCCAAGAGGUGCAGCCGCCAGCAUUUCAAGCCGACGGCAAGAACACCACAGUAAUCAGCAAGCAGGACUCGAAGCCUGUCUCGGUGGUGCUUUCGAGCGGCGCUCCGCUUCUGCCAGAUCAGCAGCCACCAACCUCGUUGCGGGCAAGGUUGAAGGGCUUGUGGCAGAUGGCUAAGCAGCUGUUCCGCUUCUACUUUCAAGGGCUCAAGCAAAUAUGGAAGAAUCGUAACGAGGUCGUCGAGCUCAAGCGGCGCGUCCGACAGGAGGGAUAUGUGUUGAACCGCGCGGAUAGGAUUUUGAUUCGAACGCACUCGUCUGACAUGCGCAAGCUGCCACUCUUUGCGGCAAUCCUGAUCAUCCUCGAGGAGAUCCUCCCGAUCGUGGUGAUCUACAUGCCGAGCCUACUUCCCUCCACCUGCGUUCUGCCCUCCCAGCUCGAGUCGAUCUACUCGAGCGCCGAGCUGACCAAGCACCGCGUCGUCGGAGAGCUGCGCGACGCGACGAGCGAAGUCCAGCCGAUCCUCGCUGCAGCCGCGGCCGAGGGCACGGACGUCAAAGUUGGCGCGCUUAACCAGCUCAGCCGGCCGACGCUCGUCAAGCUUGCGACGCUCUUUGGCCUCUCCACCUCGCUGGCUCCGGCGGGCAUCUUGCGCAGCCGCCUCGAGGCGCACCUUAGGUACCUGCGCGAAGACGACGAGCUCAUGGCGCAGGGCCAGGGUUUCAAUGCUGUCCCGCAGGACAAGAUCGGGCUCGUCAAAGCCUGCGAAGAACGUGGGCUGCGCGCUAUCGGCCUGUCUAAUGCAUCGCAGUUUGCAGCUCUUCAACGCUGGGUGGAACGCAGCACCGGCUCCCCCUCUCCGUCCACGACUCCUUCCACCGCAGACAGCGGUGCGCACUUGCUCUUCCUCCCGCUCGCGCUCUACGCCGACGAGGGUAUCGCCGAGCUCCGGCUCAAGGCAGAGGCCGACGCGCAGAAGGGCAUUAUCAAGCGCACGAUGGAGGUCAUGAGCUCGGUCAUGCAGGAGGACAGCGUGGCGCAGGAGCAGAAGAACAAGCUUGGGCAGGAAGCAGAGGGCAAGGGAGCGGGAGCCGCCGCCUCUUUUGCCGGUCGGCGAGAAGGGAAAGGGCAGACGGAAGCGAAGGGCCAUUAAUGCAUCGCAUUUGUUUGGGGUUUGGGAUAGACUGACAGGACAAUGCAUCGUGGAGCGACACGCUAGCUCACCCGCAAGUGUGUGCAUCGCACUACCUAUGGAUCACAGGCUGCCGCUGAGCUCCGCUCAGAACAGACUUGUUUCUGGAGUAGAUGAGCGUGGAAGUGUCUUUACGAGCUUGCACCUGCUUUCCUCUGGCGCUCCUGUGUCUUUCUGGCAGUUUUGUUAAGCUAAAG